UAUUUGAUCGACGACGCCACCAGCCUCCUAUCCCACCAGAGGAAAGAACCGGGGUUCUUUGUUCGUCCCAGUAUCAGUCGGAGUCUCCCCGUCCGAAUCCAUGGAGGACUCCGGGAAGAGGAGAGGGAGACUUGAAGCCAUGCGCUUGGAAGCCGAGGCCGCCUCCUCCUUCCAAAGCCUCGGCUCUUCUUCGUCCUUGCCAUCGUUGCUGCCUUCGCCUCAGCUCUCCAACCCUCUUCUCUACCUGCCGCCGGUCGCCGAGAGCUCGCCGCCGGCCCCCAGGUUCGACUACUACACCGACCCCAUGUCGGCCUUCUCCGGUGCCGCCAAUAGGAGGGGCGGUGCAGGCGCCUAUUGCUCUCCGACCCGCCCGCUUUCUCGCCCUAAUGUCCGUCCAUGGAACUGUCAUAUGAGUCCUGCUCAUCCAUUACACACAACUCAAUCUCCAGGUUCCACUUCAUAUGAAAUGCAGUCCCAGUUUUCCCAAAGCACCUUGUGGAGAAGCCCCAUUCAAUGCUCAGCUCCCUAUGCAGGGUGUCAAGGAACUCCUGUUAGUGGCUCAUCCCAAUUUUCGCAAAACACCUCCUGGCGGAGGCCCCCUCAAUAUUCAGCUCCCUACACAGGAUGUCAAGGAACUCCCAUUGGUGGCUCAUCCCAAUUUUCCCCAAACACCUCUUGGAGAAGCCCCAUUCAAUAUUCAGCUCCCUACACAGGAUGUCAAGGAACUCCAGUUAGUGGCUCCAGUGUCUUGAGCAGAUCUGGCAGUUCCUCCUGCUACUCCCGUCCCUCAACUCCAAUAAGUGGUGGCUACAGCCCUCACCAUGGACAAGGAGGCAGCCAUCUGAGUAACCCAGGAAAGAGAGGUAGCCCACAUCCAAAUUCUGGUCGAGGCAAAGGUGGGCGAUUCAGUGGCAACUGUAGUCCACGACGGACUGGAGUGCAGGGCCGUGGUUUCCAUCAUAAUGGCUCAGGCCAGCAGGAUACUGAACACUACUACCACAAGUCCAUGGUAGAAGAUCCGUGGAGUGACUUAAAGCCUAUUGUUGGGGAUAUAACUAAGCCAAGGUAUUGGCCACUUAAAUCGAAGAAAGCAAAAGUUAGUGAGAGUGGCAACGAGUACUAUUUUUCUAAGGCAGGCUGCCUGGCUCAGUUUCUUGUAGAAUCUUUUGAAGAGGCCGUCACCGAGACCUAGGUUCUGUUAUGUUAUUUCAUAAUUAUAUUUACACUAAACUGCUAGCUUCAAUUAGCAAUCUCUGUUUAGUUAAUUCAGUUUAAGCAUUGGGAAUAUGAUUAGCAUGGAAUACAGCUUCCUUCUGCCGUUCAUCUGUCCUAAGUUAUAAGGUGCUGGGUUUAUGUAGGAUUCAUGUCAAACACUGGAUUAUUGCAUCACAGGAUCACAGCAUACAUGUGCGUUUAUUGUCAAACAGAUGCUUCUCUUGGGACAGUAUUUUAACUUGGCAAUUGGAAAAAAUGAGAUCUGAAGUGCCAAUCAGUUGCCCACUUUUGAUGUGGCAUUACUCAAA